AUGAGGAACUCUCCAAACGACAAGCCGCCGUUAGAAAACCUAUGUGUUCAGUGCAACAGCAAUAGGACCUUCUCGUACCUGCGAAGAGAAUGGGACGCGGAGGGAAGUUCGAGGGGAGCUUCAUCAAAUGAGUACGAAAGGACUGUUUUGAAAAAAGCUAUAAAGUACAAAUGGGUAAAAAACUUGUCCUCUGCUGAGUGUCACCUGAAUGUGGUGGAGUACCUACGGAGAGAUGAACGCGCCGAGAAGCGAAGAGGAAUAUGUGAGUGGAGGGAUGAAGACUCGGGAGAUGCUUCUUCCAUGAGGGCUAACACCAUAGGAGGAGAGUUCCACAUUGUGAACAAACGUUUUCGCAAAUAUGAAAUGCACAUGGCGGAGGCAAAAUGCUUGGAGAGAAGGAGCAGACGCAGGUUUAAGCCAAGAGUGUUUGUAGACGGCGGUUGUCCAGCGGAACUGGGGGCAGCCCAGGGGAAGGGCAACCAUGACGGUCGCGUUAAGGCGGCUAAAGGGGGUAGAGCGGUUAAAGAGGGCCUAGCGGAGGAGUACCUGUUCAACGCCGUCGCCAGGGCCAAGUACUACCGACGUGUGUCAAACGUAUGGCUACGGAGGUUCCUACGAAAGAGCGGCCCUGUGUACAAGCGUCUGGCGAAACAGCUAAUAAAUUUUCUCACAAUAAAAAAUUUUCAUAUAUUGGAUGUAGAGUUGUGGAACUUGUUCUUCAAAAAAAAAGUUACAAAUCAUAUGAACACUAAUUUGUAUUUUUUCCUUGGAAAAAAAGGGAGCGAGAAGGAAAAGUUUUUAGCAGACCUGUUUCUGUCCUUUCCUUUUACUUACGCCAGUGAUCGUGUUUACGUUGUUGAUAUUGAUCAGUGUGGGCGAUGCCCAAUCGUGAGUGACUGCAGGUAUGCAGUCCAUUCGAUGGGGACCCUUAACUGGGCAGACUCAGGUGUGGAGAGCAGCGGCAAGAGCAGCGCGCGUAGUGGUGCACGAAAACGCAGGCCAUACGUGAACAAAAUAAUGUACCCCAAUUUGAGCCAAAUUAUACAAAAGGAAGAAGCAGUGAGAGGACUGACGCAGCGGAGGGGGUGCCUCCAAGACAUAGACCCUUGCAAUGAAAACCUCGAGUAUAUUUUGCUAGCCGUUACCCGAAUAGCUCUCGUAAAACAAUUCGUUUCGCAAAAGCAGUUGCUCAGGCGGGUGUCCAUUUUGGUAGAGUCCAGUCGACGUAGGAAGCGGCUUACACGGAGGGGGGAGGGACCAAGGAAGUGUUCUCCCCGAGUGGCUAAGGAGCAAAUGGAUAAACGAACGAGGGGACUGAACCUGUUCAACGGGGGUCACUCCUUCUUGUUAAUAAAAAAUUUGAACAAACUCAACGAUAUGCAAAUGCCCCCCCUUAGAAAAAGUUGCAUCGUUCAGGUGCUUCUCAAAUAUGUGUACCUUUGGAAGGAGCUGAAUUUAAAUGUUCAUGCAUUUGUUUUAGGUCCUGAGGGGGGGAGACACACAGGAGGAGUGGUAGGAGGGGCAACAGGUCCUCAUGGCGUAAACCCCUUCAGCGAGUUCUUAUCCAAUUGCGCCACGUUUGAAUUCCCCACCUUCGAGCUUCCCCCAUUCCUUCGCGAGGCGCAAAGACGCCAGUACCUGGCCCACCUGUUUAAACAGAAAGGAGUGAAGUGUUACAAGGGGGACCUCCAACAAGUUGCAGAAGUUACUACCAGCUUUAGCAAAGCGGACUUGGGGAAGCUCUGCAGAGAUGAAUGUCGAGAGAGAUUUGUUCAUGCGAUGAGGCCAGGAGGAGAAGUGGUGCGCAAUGGGUUUGUGGGAAGAAGCGAACUGCUCAAUCAGUUGGAAAAGUCCAGGGGUGGUGAUGGCCCCCAUGGUGGGGUACCGGCUGAGAGCAACUUCUUCCACAAGACGUUGAAUCUGCAUAGCGAGUCAUCACACGCGGUUAUCCGCACGCACGAGAUUGAGUUAUACAAAGGGGAGAAGCGUGGUGGCUGGAAGAAAGUGCCUCACAUUGGAGAGGCUCAUGGAUUGGACAACGUCAUAGCAGAGGAGGAACUUGUAAGCAAGGUACGGGAAGAGGUGGUGCGCUUCUUCAUGUCGACCUGUAAGAAUGGUCAUGCAGAACCCCCCACGGGCAUAUUGCUUUAUGGAAAAAGCGGGUCAGGAAAAACAUUCCUGGCGCAAAAAAUAAUUAACGAAUGCAACUGUACCUCCCUUGUGAUAAACUGUUCAAAUUUAUUCAACAAGGUAAUGGGAGAGUCGGAAAAAUUUUUAAAUGAUAUUUUUGUUUAUGCACAAGUUAGGGUAGGACCAUGCAUAAUUUUGUUUGAGGGGAUUGAAAAUAUAUGUUACAACAGCAAGGGGUAUUCAUCCCAUGGAAUAAGUAAAUUCAUGCAGAGAGUAAAAUUGUGCUUCUAUCAACACCUCGACAAAAUUCACUUCCAGAACAAAUGGGGAUUGGACAGAAGGACUGGUGGGAAAAUUUUAAUCAUUGCAACAACAACGGACCUUACUAAUGUAGAUGCUAAUUUGCUGCUUCAGCAUCGUCUAAGACAUGUGUACUGCACGAAAGAGUUCCACCUCUGGAGGGACAGUGAUGUGCUCAAACUGGUCCAGAGCUGCCUGCAGCGGUGUAACGUUCAUGAGGACAACUUCGUCCUCUCCGUGGAGUUGCAAAACUUUUUUAGAAAAUGCGUUUUGAGUCGCAAGGGGAAGCUCACUCCUCUGUGCGUUUCGAACUUGUGCAGAGACGCAGUGGCUCGGCACGUCAGGAGGGUCCUCGCAUGUGCAGGACGAGAACCGAACGAUCGGAUCAGCGUGGAGGAUUUUAUCUGGGCCGCCAAAAAUGCCAACAGCUGA